AUGGAGCAUGUCCCAUGGGGCCCUGUGGCCGCUGAGAGGACUCUGGCUGUUCUCUGGAUGAGAUUGCUCCUGGAGCUUCAGUUUCCUGGAACAGAGGGCUGCACCCCUCGUCUGGGCCCCCAGAGGCCCCGAGCAGAGCAGAGGAGCUGGCGGUGGAGCAGAUCAAGUCCUGGGCACAGCAGCUCCAGCUCACUCGCCGGGCUUCUGCAGGCCCGGGGCGUGGAGCCAGCAGGCUGGAGCCAGGCGGCCUCCCGGGCCUCCUCACAGCCGCUUUUGAUAAAGCCCCUCUGUGCACAGGGUGGGGGGGCCCGGCCGGCUGGAGCCAGCUCACAUCUGGAGGCCAGCACAGGCCUGGGGCAGCCGGCGCGGCUGACAGCGGCGCCACCCCGAGCCACACGCCCGGCACUGGGUAAACAGCCCCGCGCCCACCCAGCAGCUCACCUUUCGCCCACAAGGCUGCCUUUCUUCUCGGACCCAGGACGAGGCCACCACGAACAUUCCUCCCGGCACAGGGCAGAACGGGCCGCUGACCUCGAGGCUGGGCCGAAAUCUGAAUCCAGUGAGGCCCUCACUGUGUCCUGUUGCCUCCCUGACGGUGCACGGACAACAGCACAGUUCCUGGUGGUGGGUCAGGCCUCUGUGGACCCCCUCGAGUCCUGGAAGAUGACCGUGUCUGCGGGCUUGGGGAGACGGAGAUGAGAGUGUAGACUGAACAGCUCUCCAACUCCAGACUUUGAGUCAGGAUCCUGAGGUACUUAGAAGGAAAUGACAAGCAGCCUCAUUUACAAUUGAAGGAAACUGAGGUACAACAACAAAAUAAUAAAAUCUAAUGCUUACUGAGCUCUUACUCCAAGCCAGGCACAGUGCUAAGCCCUUUGACCCAGCCUUUGACCCAGGUUCUUUCAUUUAAUCCUCCCAACGAUUAUCACUGUCGGAAGCUAAUACCGUGACCCCUAUUUUACAAGUGUGGAAAUGAAGACUCAGGUGGUAAGUCAAGACCAUGCCUCCUGUUAAUGGAGGAUCUGGGAUGAGCAUGCAGAUCUGGCUUCAGAACCCAGAAUCAUAAACCUGGCACUUCCUGAGGGGAGGUGGGGGUAGGAGGGAAGGGAUGGGGGACACCUGGGAGAGACUGACGAUAAGCCCUUGUCUGGGGGCUAAGGGCAGUGGAAUAAAUAAUUGCAAGAGUGAGGGACCCAGGGUCAGUUCCAUGUUCUUCCUACCCUGGAUGGCCCCGGGCAGUUUGGAGAACCCCAAUUCUAGCCCACCCCAGCAACCUAGAAUUUACUCUGCUUCGUUCAUUCAUUUAUUCAUUCAUUCAAUCAUUCAGUCAACAGAAAACAAAAUACAGGAUGACACAGAUCAAAUAUAUCCCUGUAAACAAUAAAUGUAAAUGGGUUGAAUGGGUCUAUUAAAAAACAAAGACUCUCAUAUUAGAUCAAAAAUCAAAAUCUAUUCAUUUAUUCAUGGGCCAAAUAUUUAUUAAAUGCCUAAAAGAUUCAAGGUCCUGUUUUAGAUUCUAAUGAUAGAAUGUAAAAAUAAAAUUUCUGUUAAAGAAGGAAAAACACUGGGAAAAGGAGAUCCAGGGAGAGAGAUCUGAAGGUGCAAAAACUGUGAGGCUGCAAUGAGUUGGAGGAUGGAGGAGCCGAAAAGGGGCCGGUGUGGUUGGAGAAGAGCACUAGUGAGCAAGCGUCGGGGGGUGAGGCAGGCAAGGCCUGCCAGGUCAGGUCCGGAGAGCAGAGGCAGCCCCAAGGGGGCCGAGAUGCAGAGGAGCUGGAUCCUGCUUACCUAGGUAAGGUACCUGGGACUCUUGACCCUUCCCCCAUUAAAUGCAGCCAAGAUGACCUCACCCAGCCUCCUCCCAGGGAAGAAGACUUACCAUGACUUGAAGGCCUACUGGGUGCCAGGCUCUGCCAUGGGUGGUUUACGUGCUUAAUUAGCUCAUUAAGUCCUGCCAUCAGGUUAGUUUUCUCCCAUUCUGAAGAAGAAAAAACUAAGCCUCAGAGAGGUAGAGUGACCUGCCUGAAGCCACACAGCCAGACAAUGACAGGCCUGAAGUUUGAACUUGGAGUAUCCAACACUAUGGUGUGCCUUCUUGGCACUGCAUAGCUGCCUCCCAGGAAAUGGCAGUGGAGAGGUCUCAGCUGGCUGUGUCCUCACGUGGGUCCCCUGACCUCUACGACUUCAAUUCUCCAUCUGGGAACCCACAUGCCAGGUCAGUGUUGAGACCUGGAUGACUCCCUCCCUCUGGGACAUGGAGUUCCAAUGUGCUGAGCUGGCGCUUCUGAUUCCACCCCCACAAUGACUCCAUUUGACAGAGGAGGAAACUGAGGCUCAGAGGGGGAAAUGAUUCUGCAGGGUCACGGCCUUGGGACUCCCGAGGGCCUGGGACUUUUGCUGAGUCUGUUCAUUGGAUGAUAAGAAUGAGGACCCCCCAAGGAUGCAGAGACUUUGGGAUGGGGUGGAGGGACAGGAACAAGGACACACAGGCAAUAAGGGAGAGCAGGCCUGGAACCCAGGACACCAGCUCCCAGCCUCUGCCCCUCACUGCAUCCUGGGGAAGGCGGAGGCCUGGCCCCUGGGUCCGGAUUAUUUCCUGAGAACGGGGAGGGGCCACGGGAAGUCUCCCCGCAUCACCCCACUCAGGUCCUGCCCAGACAGGAAAUGCCACGCAGUCCCCCCACCCACACCCCAGGGCCGUGGGAAAGCUUUGCCUGGGAUCCAGUGCUUCCAGCUCUGGCCCAGCCUCACUGGGGAUCUAGACCCUAACAGGGCCUGCGUGCCCUUGGACAAGGUCCUUCCCCUCUCGGGGCCUCAGUCUCCCGCUCUGUAGUCACAGAACUCUGCCACCUCCCGGCUGUAUGACCUCAGGCAGGUGGCUGUGCCCUUCUGAAGCUCAGCUCCCUCUUCUGUAAAGUAGGGGGCAGUACACACAGAGUGUGCUCCACCCACGGAGCCAUUAUCACCCCAGGCAAGGGUGUGACAGGGGAGGCCUUUGGAAAGAUCCCUAUGGCCCUCUGGGAAAGACGAGGAGCUUCCUUGGACUCAGGACCACACCAGGUACCUCUCUGCACCUCACUUUCCCAAUUUGUAGAAGAGGCAGAGCCAUGGC